GCAUGCGCAGUUUGCGUCUUGGGAACAUGUAAUCAUGCGAAAAUGGCGGAUAAAUCGCGAGGGCAGCAUAAUCGCCAUGGUAGUGUGGUACGAAUUGGUUACUACAAUAUCGAGAAGACUAUCGGAAAGGGAAAUUUUGCAGUGGUCAAGCUUGCUACACACUGCAUCACUAAGGCCAAGGUUGCCGUUAAAAUUAUCGACAAAAGUCAAUUGGAUCAAGACAACUUGAAGAAAAUUUUUCGCGAAGUACAGGUCAUGAAAAUGCUGGAUCACCCGCACAUUAUUAAACUUUAUCAGGUGAUGGAAACAGACAGGAUGUUGUACCUAGUAACAGAGUAUGCCAGUAAAGGAGAAAUUUUUGAUCAUUUGGUAGCCCACGGUAGAAUGACUGAAAAGGAAGCUAGAAAGAAGUUUAUACAAAUUGCAUCAGCUGUUGAGAACUGCCACAAAAAGAAUGUUGUUCACAGAGACUUGAAAGCAGAGAAUCUUUUAUUAGAUGAGAAUUUUAAUAUUAAAAUAGCAGAUUUUGGAUUCAGUAACAUAUUCCAAGAAGGAAAACAUCUCAAGACUUGGUGCGGCAGUCCGCCUUAUGCAGCGCCGGAGCUCUUUGAAGGAAAGGCGUAUUGUGGACCGGAAGUGGACAUUUGGAGUUUGGGAGUAGUACUCUACGUGCUGGUGUGUGGUGCUUUGCCGUUUGACGGGAGUACAUUGCAAAGUUUGCGUUCACGCGUCUUGGACGGUCGAUUCAGAAUUCCUUUCUUCAUGUCCACAGAAUGUGAGCACCUCAUUCGUCACAUGCUGGUCCGUGACGUGGCAAAGAGGUACACCAUGGUACAGAUCAUGAACCACAAGUGGAUAAAUGAGAUGGACGAAGAAGACAAGGCGAGCGCACUCCUCACCGACACGCUGCCUGAUUCAGAGUUCAGUGAAGAAGUGUUGACGAUGAUGCUUGCUAGAGGAAUUGAUCGAGAAAAGACCAUUCAGUCUCUCUGCCAAAAAGAUUACGACCAGUUUGCCGGGAUUUAUUACACACUUCUGGAAAAGGUCAAGAAAUCUGCCAGCUCAUCGCACGACCCAUGCGCCAAUAUUACUUCCACACCGGGUACCACGGCUGAUUCGGAAAUGAUGGAGACGGAUGUGGAAGGAGCUGGCUCCGAGAAGCCAUCCAUGACAGUCCCUACCGUACAGGUGACUCCUGACUCGCCCACGAGACGAGUCAAACCCCAGCAGGACCAGUGGGAUCUGACCCAAGAGGGAGACGAGGAAGAUGAUAAGAUGCCAGACGACAUCCUUCCCAGUUUGAAGUCUUACCUGGAAAAGCGCCGACACACCCUCACUGCGGUGGACCCGUUGAUGGAGAUAUCACCAGAGCUCCGUGAGGUGUUCUCUCAGCAGUUCGUUCAGCGGCCGUUAAGUCCCCUGGGUCAGGCUACCGAGGAUGCAUUCUCUGGAGCUACUCUAGGAUUGAACCCCACUCUUCCUCCUUAUUCCCCCACGUUAGACCUCUCUCUGGCCUACAAGGAGCAAAUUCUGCAAGUGCCUACGGUGUUCCAACUGAGACCGCCCAUGGACAGAAGAGCUUCCGACGGACCAACGAGUUUAGCGGCUGGGAUCGCACAGUUCCAUGCGCUUCGUGCUAUGGCCGGGUAUGCGGACGACAGUCAAGGUAAUACCGGCUCGCUGAGUGGUUCGCCGUUAAACAGUUGCAAUCCUAUCGUAAGUCAGUCACCCUUUUCAGUGUCACCAGGACCCUCGAGCCCGCAAAUAAGCGAAGGAGCAAACGACAGCGGGUCGGAUCAAGAGCCUGACCAGGACGCCAUUGCGCGUUACAUGGCUUGCCGUGGAUCGCGGCAACGUCACACGUCACCGAAUGAAAUGCCGGACGAGCUACAACUUCGGCUACUGCAGGUACCACUAAAAACGAGACGGACUGUGUUUCCUCCUGGCAGAGGAGCUGCAGGGCGAGAAGGGACAUUCAUCCCUACCCCAACAGGAAUGCGAUAUAACACGUCAAGGCGAGCCUCGGACGGUGCAGCGUCGGUGCUUGCUUACAAGCAGCAUUUAGAGCGCAUCGGUGGCAGCGGGUCCAAACGCAACAGCCUGCGUGAGCUACAAGAGGAAUGCUUGCAACUGCAGCAGCAGUAUGGCCGAGUAGCGGAAGCGGAACAACAACGAAGGCAACAGGAGCAGCAUGUGCAACACUUACAGCAGCAGUUUUACAGCAGAAGGGCGUCAGACGGGGCCGACUCGUUAGCUGCCACGCUAGCACAGUUCCAGCAACAGUACACGCCCGCCCACACAAGCCAGGAGUUGGACCUGGAAGGUCAAAGGUCGGAUGUGGAAGAUUUAGAGGAAACGCACACCCAGCCAACGAUGGAGCACCAAGAUGUCCUUCAUCAGGAGAUGCAGCGCUUGAACAUUGAACAUUGCGCGCCAUCCCCUUUUGACUCUGCCGGCAUUAUCCACUCAUCUUCUGGAGGAAUCGGCCCGGACGGGGCCGCUUUGUCCUCUCUCGCGUCAAACCUCGCGUCAAACUCACCAAGAAACAGCAUUGUUAUCGAGGAUUCGUCGCCCGUUUCUUCCACAGAUACGUCGAACUUUCUGUCUCAGAAUAUUUUAUCAUCGCAGGCCAACACGUCCUCGUUUUUACCCGACGGCGGCGUAUUGUCUUCCCCAGUUCCCUCUCCGCCGCCAUCUCCUCUCAUAUCCGCGGUACCUCUGAGUCAGCGGUACCCCAUUCCUAACAUCACCACCGCUGCGAGGACCUCAUCGAACGGAAGUUUAGUGGAAACUGGGCCGGAAACGGGCAAUAUCCCGCAAAUACCCGCCAAUAUGCCGGGCGUUGUGAUGGGUAAUGCGAUCAUAAAUGAAAAUGAUCUCGAAGAAUUGGCGAGAGCUAGAUGGGGACUGGGUGCGGGAACGCUUCCGCUAAGUCCGACAACGCUUCUUGGGACGUUUGGGACAAAUCCCGCGGCCGCGCUUCUCGUGGGUAACGUCGGUCAGAGGUCCCCCGUGCAUCACCGUCGACAUCACACGGUACCGUCCGCGCAGGAUGCGUGGAAUUCCAUGGACUUGUUGAGAAGAGCGACGGCGAACAACGUCUUGUCGCAAAACCACGCCAGAGAUAUGUUAAACAACAAUAUCAAUUUGGAAGAAGGGCUUGGGGUUAGGGACGGUCUGUUGUAUAGAACUCUUUCUCCCAACGGGACGAUCCAUCAGGACUCUUUUCUCAAAUCUCCAAAUAAAGGAGACGUGGCGCCGGACUUGACCCAAGCGAACACGCUACGCAUGGCGUUCUCUGUUAAUAUGACUUCUAACAAAUGUAUCCCCGAUAUUAUCAGUGAAAUAAGGCGAUCGCUAGAUCAGAGAUCCGCCAAGAUAGCGUACGAACAGUCGGAUCAAACAUUCACCCUUCAACAGGGGGGUGUGUGCGCUGAAAUUGAGGUGUGCCCACUCCAGGGGAAUCUCAACGGACUACGCCUGCGACGUGUUAGCGGCAACCCAUGGCAGUACAAGAGACUCUGUAAUGAGGUAUUGACCGGAAUGAAUUUGUGACUGAAGCAGAGCUGAGUGGACUGAAUUAAGAAAUUCUUUUUGGUUUAGUAGAUAAAAAUUGCGUGACAGUUGUGCUAGCGUGACUUUAUGCAUCUCUCACUUGCGUGACCUCAAUCUUAGUUGCUUCGUUAUGCGAAUUUAUUCCUUUGUCUAGUCUUGGUUUCAGAGGGCAAAGGUAAUUCCUAAACCAGGAAGAAAAGCGUGUUAGAAUCGUGAGUUUUCUCUCCUCUUAGUCGUUUUGCUUCGUGAAUUGCGCAAAUUCGUUCUAGGAAAACCAGAGUACAGAUUCAACUUUCCAUGUGCAGUUGUCGUAAUCUUAAUGUUCGCAACGUGAAUGUGGCAUUUCUGUUGUGGUGAAGUACUCAUGAAGUGACAAGGUUCUUUUAUUGUACCGAAGAUGAAUUAUAUUUCCGUCCAAAAACAUUCAAAGGUGUUUUCCACAUUUUUCACGACAAAAUGUCGGAGUUGUAGCGUAAAUUACGAGCAUUCGACAACUGUUUUGCUUUUAUUUUGCAAAAGUUGACGUUCACGACAUUUCACCUUUAUUGUUUUCCAUGUCACCACUUCUAAAUGUGAUGGAAUUUUCUAAAAGUAUAGUAUUCCUCAGAAAUGUAAUUAAUCUGACUUUGAUUUAAUCGCAUGCGCAUGCCUGAACGAAAGUUUGAGUUGGCCUUAUAAAGGGCGAUCACUCUCAAAUUACGAAGUCGAGAAGCUGUGGAAAGUGACUCGGCAAAUGUUCGGCAGUUUUCGUAUCUUCUCGUGUUCUUGCGAUUAGACACGAAGUGUGGGAGGUCUGUGCAGUGUAUAGAUAUUUGUACAGUAAUGAAAUCUCUUGCUUGCCCAAGUAAAAUAAUGUAAUAUAUUUUCCCCUCGAAGAAUAUCAUCGAGGUAAAGAAUUGUAUCUCUCAACCAUAGAAUCUUUGUACAGUAAAGAAUAUCGAUGUGUCUCCAUA